AUGGAUCGGAAUACUGCGUUGGGAAAUGGCCGGAAAAAUGAUGCUAGAGGAGAAACAGUGACUAUGGGCAGAAAAGUUUGGCAGUUUAGAGAGCUGGUGAUUAUUGUCAAGCAAGAGGCAGACCCAAGACUUAGACCCAGUAUAGAGAUCUCGUAUGCAAAGCUUGAAGACCGAGUUGGCAAGUCAGGGUUAUCUUACAGAGUUAGUGAACGAGCUGAAAAGAGGAUGUUUAUACAAUGUGUCGGGACCCAUUGA